AACGCCGCGUUUUCCCCUCUUCCCCAUCUCUAUCGCAUUUUCGGUAUCUGGUUCCCUGCACAAAUUGCAUCUGUCUACACACACGCGCGCGCGAUAUAAACAGAGUCACUCUCCUCUCCCUCUCUGCUAGCUUUUUAGCUCAUCGUCCAUAUCUUCAAUUCAAGCUCUGAUUCAGGCUCAAAUGGCAUCCGAUACCACCAUUGUCACUUGGGGCUCUGGGGAAGACGGCCAAUUAGGAAUCGGGAAUAACGAGGAGAAGGAAUGGGUGUGCGCCGUCAAAGCCCUCGAGUCGCAGACUGUCCGCUCUGUUGUCGCUGGCAGCCGAAACUCCCUCGCCAUUUGCGAUGAUGGCAAGUUGUUUACAUGGGGUUGGAACCAGAGAGGAACCCUGGGGCAUCCUCCUGAGACCAAAACUGAGAACAUUCCAAGCCAGGUUAAAGCUCUGGCCAAUGUCAAAAUUGUUCAGGCUGCUAUUGGUGGAUGGCAUUGUUUGGCUGUUGAUGAUCAAGGCCGCGCUUACGCCUGGGGUGGAAAUGAGUAUGGACAGUGUGGCGAGGAACCAGAGCGGAAAGAUGACACUGGUAGACCUUUGAGAAGGGAUAUAGUGAUUCCUCAACGCUGUGCACCGAAACUUAAAGUUCGCCAGGUAGCUGCUGGUGGUACUCACUCUGUGGUACUUACACGCGACGGGCAAGUCUGGACGUGGGGUCAGCCAUGGCCUCCGGGAGACAUAAAACAAAUUUCAACACCUGUGCGAGUACAAGGUCUUGAUGCAGUGAGGCUCAUUGCAGUAGGGGCAUUUCAUAAUUUGGCUCUGCAAGAGGAUGGUGCCUUAUGGGCUUGGGGUAACAACGAAUAUGGACAACUUGGAACAGGGGAUACUCAGCCGAGAUCACAACCUAUUCCUGUCCAAGGGCUUUCUGAUCUUACUUUGGUGGAUAUAGCUGCUGGAGGAUGGCAUUCUACUGCACUAACAGAAGAUGGAGAGGUGUAUGGUUGGGGACGAGGAGAACAUGGCAGGCUUGGGUUUGGCGAUAAUGAUAAGAGCAGCAAAAUGGUGCCGCAAAGGGUUCAGCUUUUAGCCGGGGAGGAUAUUGUUCAGGUUUCUUGUGGAGGCACUCACUCUGUUGCAUUAACUCGUGAUGGGCGAAUGUAUUCGUUUGGCCGAGGCGACCACGGACGCCUUGGAUAUGGAAGGAAGGUGACGACUGGUCAGCCGAUGGAAGUUCCCAUCGGCAUCCCUCCCAGACAUGGCACUGCGGACAAUGGACAUUGGAUUGCCAAACUCGUUGCUUGCGGAGGACGCCAUACGUUGGCAAUCGUAGAAUGGAAAGCUGAUGAUGAAUCAGAAUCAUAGAAGUUAUGUCGAAAAAUUUUCCGGUAGCUCGAAUAAUUGAUGUUGGUUAUGUAUAACUCUGUUAUUUUAGUUCAAAUAGCAACAUAAUUUAAUA